AUGGAAAACGUGACGAAUCCUUUUGGAAUGCAAUUCGGUCCGAGUUCUCUGAGUGAAGUUGGUGUUGAGGCACAGUUAGGUAUCUCAGUUGAACCGUUGACAGACUUGCCUCAGCGUACCGACGGUCUGGAAUCGGAGCUGACGGGUGAGGAUCCCAUGACAAGAUUUACGCGAUUUGCGGCUGAGAGUCUAUUCAAUUAUGUAUCAAGCUUUGCUCGAGAUUCUCUGGCAUCCACGGACCCGCUGGUUCCUAUCUCAUCCAUCAAACGUUGGUUCGACACCAUACUCCACAAACUUUCAGUCGAUCCUAAUUUUUGGAAGAGUUGA